AGUCGAGAAUAGAGCAGAGCAGCAUCUGACGGUUUUUCAGCGAAACUCUGCAGAUUAAAAAACUAAAAAACCAAACAUGCAGCUUCACUUCACCAAAGACGUUUUGCCGGACUCGGUCAGCACCGACUUCCAGAACCUGAACAAACUGAACGAGCAGCAGUUUCCCCGAUUGAUUGAAAUUCUGUUCCAGUUACUCCUGGAGCCUAAAGAGACGGAGAGGUUCAUGCAGCAGCUCACUGGGUUUGCAGGGGAACAUGGAAUGAGUGCUGGUCCUCUGAGGAACCUGAUGAAGAGCAUCCUCCUGGUGCCGCAGGGAGCCCUGAAGAAAAACCUGACAGCCGAGCAGAUCAAAGAAGACCUUGUGACGUUAGGACUGAACGAGGACAAGGCGGCUCACUUUUCACAGCAGUGGGGGGAGCACUACGCAGCGCUGUCCAGACUUGCUGUGAGACAGACUCUGAUGGUCAACCAGCUGGUUGACAUGGAGUGGAAGUUUGGAGUGACUGUCGGCACCAGUGAGAUACAGAAAGUCGGCAACAUCUUUCUGCAGCUGAAGCUGGUGGUCAGACGGGGGAAUUCCACUGAGAACGUCUACAUGGAGUUGACGCUCCCUCAGUUUUACAACUUCCUGCACGAAAUGGAGAGAGCCAAGGCCAGCAUGGAGUGUUUCAGCUGAGUGUGUGUGUGUGUGUGUGUGUGUGUGUGUGUGUGUGUGUGUGUGUUCAAGGUAACAUUUGACAUAAUGUUCACAUAAGACAGUUUUAUAAUGGUACCUCUGAAGGGCGGAAAUUAUGGGCCGCUGAGUUUGUGUGUGUGUGUGUGUGUGUGUGUGUGUGUG